CACUGUGCAGCUGCGGCUCGGCAGCAGCAGACGGCGGCCCAGCCUCGGAUCCCCUCAUCACCGUGUUUCUCUGAUCCUCUCCAUUCCGCCUCGGCUCCUGCUCCGCUCUCUGAUCUCCGCUGUUCAUCCGCCCGGAGACAUGUCCGCCAGACCCGGAUUCUACAGACAGGAGCUGAACAAGACUGUGUGGGAGGUUCCGGAGCGGUACCAGAACCUGACGCCGGUCGGCUCCGGAGCGUACGGUUCGGUGUGUUCGGCGUACGAUGUAGUCCUGCGGCAGAAGGUUGCCGUGAAGAAGCUGUCGAGGCCUUUCCAGUCUCUGAUCCACAGCCGCCGCUCGUACCGGGAACUCAGGCUGCUCAAGCACAUGAAACACGAGAAUGUUAUAGGGCUGCUUGACGUCUUCACACCCGCUGCAACGUUAGAGGACUUCAAUGAGCUCUACCUGGUGACUAACCUGAUGGGUGCAGACCUCAAUAACAUCGUAAAAUUUCAGAGGCUGUCAGAUGAACACGUGCAGUUCUUGAUUUACCAGCUCCUGCGCGGCCUCAAGUACAUCCAUUCAGCGGGAUUGAUCCACAGAGACUUAAAGCCGAGUAACGUGGCAGUGAAUGAGGACUGUGAGCUGAGGAUCCUGGACUUUGGAUUGGCCAGACAGACCGACGAUGAGAUGACAGGGUACGUGGCGACUCGCUGGUAUCGAGCGCCGGAGAUUAUGCUCAACUGGAUGCACUACAAUCAGAAUGUUGAUAUUUGGUCAGUGGGAUGCAUUAUGGGAGAGCUGCUGAAGGGAAAAGUCCUUUUUCCUGGCACUGACUAUAUCGACCAGCUGAAGAGAAUCAUGGAGGUGGUGGGGACUCCGACCCCCGACCUGUUGAAAAAGAUCUGCUCCGAACAUGCGCAGAAGUACAUCCAAUCUCUGCCCUUCAUGCCCCAACAGGACCUGGAGAAGAUAUUUCGCGGGGCCAAUCCACUAGCUGUGGAUCUAAUGAAGCGCAUGCUGGUUCUGGACUGUGACGGGAGGAUCUCGGCCAGCGAGGCUCUGUCCCACCCUUACUUCUCACAGUACCACGAUCCCGAUGACGAGCCGGAGGCCCCGCCCUACGACCAGACACUGGAGAGCAAAGACCGAACUCUAGAAGAAUGGAAAGAGUUAGUAUUUGAAGAAGCGAACAGCAUCAGUGCAUCCGGCGGCAAGACUGAUAGUCUUCAGGUGGAGCAGUGAGCCUUUUUGUGCCCUGCCUCAACCUCUUCAUGAAGAAGGACCACUAGAGGAAGAACUGUGGCGAGCCAACCCAAGAAAAACUCUACAUUCCCUCUGCUCAGCGGGACUCCGUUCGAUUGCCUUUCAUGAGUUUAUUUGAGCAGCAGGGCAGGACGGUGUCCAGAGGAUCAGAUGCACACAUUGCAAAUUACAGGGGAGCAUUUUAGAAUCCAAUAGAAGGAGCUACGCAGUCCAGAAAGUUGCUUCCUCUUAUGUUUUCGCUCAUUCACUGUAAAAUGAGGAACCGUUGAACAUGGUUGUCAGGGAUCACAAAGGGCGUGAGGAUUCAUACGAGGGAGCAACUUUACGAACUGAACUGGGCUGAUAGAAAGUUAUUAAAGGAAGGAAAACACGCACACUAGGACGUCCAAAGUGCGGUCUGGUCCCUCAUCAUGACAAAUGCUAUAAGCAGUCACUUCUCUCAUAUAUGGAAUCCAUGUUUAAAGGCUUGCAGAACUGCCACGUCACGUCACAGAGCAAUGUAACAUUUAACCUGCGCACUACUGCAUGAUCUCUGUGCAUUUUGAUUAUUACAGAAUAUUACUGGUAUUGUAUUGUAUAUCCAUUCGAGCUGCUUAUUGCAUCUGCCACACUGCUAUAAAAGCAGCCUGAGGGCCGGAGGAGGCAUUAUCAAAACAACUUAUAACAAUAACACGGAAGCAGACAGAGAGUACUGCACUUCCUCAGACGAGAGUCCUCCUCUCCUGCUUGCAGAGUAGUAAACACCAACUGUGCUAUUAAUUAGCAAGGGAAUAAAUAUAUGCCAAAGCUGGAGCAGAGUGACCGUGUUGCAGGUCUGUGCCGCUUCACAUAUACACUUUCCGCUGAUGUCUGUUUUCUGAACACCUGUUGGCUUUGGCAGCGCUCCGUCAGGUCUCCAUGGUUCUUUGCAGUGAGUUUUACAGCCCGGGUAUUGUUUACAAUUGUUUAGAUUAUGGGCCUUUUGUGCUGGAUAUUUACCCAGCUUCACCAAAAUAAUGAUUUGGCAACCAUAGUGAUCUUUCAUAUUUUGUUCUUUUUCAUGUUCUUGGAGCGUUGGUGAAAUUAAACAUUCAUCACCGUCCACAGUAUUAAAGCACUGGAAAUGUUCCUCACCUUGGGUAUUGGAGUAGCACUUCAAGAAAGCUACAGGGAACAUAUGAAGCAGCACAAGCUCAAUGCACACCGAUUAUAAUAACAGAUUACUGACAUCCUCACUGACAUUGUGUCAGUCAUCUUGCAUCAGACUGGAGUUUCAGUUCUACAAACUUUUUGCUGAGGUAGAAAUAAUCUGCUUGUAUUAAACCACAAUACGCAGAGGCAGCGGACCACAGGGUGUCCAGCACAUGUAAUGUAACUGGGGGCAAUCGGACAACUUUCUGAUCAUUUUGAUGGCAUAACCCUCAACUUAAAUAGAUGUAGUAUCACUCAUAAGAUGCAUUUAAAAUAAUGAAGAAAUACAUGUGGUGGUUUGGCCCCAUUUUAGUAAAUUAGAGGGUUUAUUGACAGAUGACACAUUAGGAGAUAAAAGGCUAAUAAAUGAGUAACAUAGACAUAAAUCCAGUUUAUACCUGACUGCUGCAGAUGCAUUCUUAUACUUAUCCUGAAUACAACUUGGAUACAAAUGGCAGGUAUAAAGCAGAUUUAGGUUUCUAGUUACCUAACCUUGCUAAGUACUAACUAAUGCUAAGUAGCAGCACAUGCUAGCUUCAACUUUCAGUUAAGCUAGGUUGUCACGCUAACUCACUAUGACACCUACGAUAGGUAGUAUACGCAUGGUUGGCUCCUAAACGCAUUGGCUACUGAUGUAAGAUGAACAAUAGACGAAGACCAAUCUUAACUAGCUAGGUUAGCUAAGUUAAAUGAAGUUCAUGUGCUGUGGCUUUUCCCACUCAAGUCUAACCAGAGAUUAUUUCUGCCUCAAAAAACAUAAUUACAGCUAAAUCAUAAAUUGAUCAAACAUUUCUAAAAAAACACAAGACAGGAAACUUCCUCCUCCCAACGUAGACUAACUGGUUCCCAGUGGCGUGCUACACGUAGCCUUUUGUGCAGGUCGUCCAUUAACAGUGGAGGCAAGACUUUGAAAUUACAGUCCAAAUGAAUCAGAACUUUCUGUGUCAGUGGAAGCGUGUCAGAGCUCUGAAUGUUUAAGUAUUAUGUGCUUAUGUGGAUGUUGUAUCUGUGGUGGAACUGAAUAGCAAACUGCACAUCGAAUGUAUACGUAUACUGUAUGUAUGUUACAAGUGUUUUUUAAAACAUGGUGGAAUGUGAUUUAACAUCAGCCAUGAGUUUCAAAUCACUGAACUGAAUGUCAACGAUCAGUUUCAAAUGAUUUAGAUGAUUUUUCGUAUUCAUCAUCAAUGGGGUACACUCUGCAAGUGUUAGCAUCUAUCGAAUAAACACCAUCCGUUCUGUAA